UUUGAUGUACUAUAUGGGUUGUUUCCACGGGAUGUUGUAAUAUAGAGAAAAAUGUGUGCGUUGCCGUUGUCGACAUUACCAUGUGUUUACUUGAUUGUUUUUUGUCUGUAGUUGUGUGUGUGUUAUUGAAGUAAAAAAAGAAAGAAAGAAGGAGCAGUGUGUAUGUGGGGGCGGGGGCGAUUCGUUGAACGAUUCGUUUGAACGAAUCUUUUGAUUGAACUGAUUCUAAAGAUGCAGUUCACUUAAAGAACUGGAGUGCACAUCACUAAUGUAACCUACGUGGCCAGUGACGUCACCUACCCGAUGAUGACCGACCUUUGAAGUUCACGUGUCCAGAUGAGCUCGUCUCUCCAUGCGCUGAAGAUUUUCGCCAUCGUUCUCUUAGCUUAGUUAAAAUAGCUCGCGCGCCGCUGUCCAAAAGCCGCCUUUGUUAGCCAAACAUCGUUGAACAAGUGUUGUGAUUGCAGUGUAAAAAUGUUUGGAAGCACCGCAGCAAAGCACGUGGAGGAAAAGGACCGUAGUCGUCAACGACUGGAAGCUCUUUGGCUGCAGCCUGAUGUUGUGUUACGCAAAGCUGACAUCAGUGAAGCUAUUUGUCCUAAGCAGGAGGAGCCAGAGCGUACUUGCAUUAAAGAGGAAGAUGUGGGCAAAGAGGUCCACCACUUGAAUGAACAAAUGGUGCCGACGUUUCUUUGCACCAUAAAAAAGGAGGAAGAGCCGGAGCGGCCUUGUAUUAAAGAGGAGGGAGAAGACUCCUGUGAUUUUAAAAAGGAGGAGGGAGAGGACACAUGCAAGAUAACAUUGACUGGUGUUCCUGUGAAGCGUUUCGAUAAGGGUCAACGUGAGGUGAGCAAAGGGGCGGAGACUCCAAGCUGCAGCUCAAGCCAACAAAUGACCAGAGAAGGUGAUGGAGACCACUGUGGAGGAUCACAAGCAGCUCCGCCAUCAGAUAGUGAUGACGUGUCAUCACAUGUUCCUGCUGCUGCUGAUGAUGAUGAUGAGUCUCAAAACAAACACAGGCAAUGUUCUCAGUGUGGGAAAUGUUGUGCUAAUAACAGUGUUUUGAAACAACACAUGAAGAUCCACACAAGAAAGAAAAACCUUCUCUGCUCAGUUUGUGGCCAAAACUUCUCUCAGAGGAACCAUUUAAAAAGGCACACAAGAAUCCACACUGGCGAGAAACCUUUUUCAUGCUCAGUUUGUGGCCAAAGAUUUUCACUGAAGGAAAGUCUAACAAUUCAUACAAGGAUCCACACUGAUGAGAAACCUUUUUCAUGCUCAGUUUGUGGCCAAAAAUUCUCUCAGAGGAACCAUUUAAAAAGGCACACAAGAAUCCACACUGGCGAGAAACCUUUUUCAUGCUCAGUUUGUGGCCAAAGAUUUUCACUGAAGGAAAGUCUAACAAUUCAUACAAGGAUCCACACUGAUGAGAAACCUUUUUCAUGCUCAGUUUGUGGCCAAAAAUUCUCUCAGAGGAACCAUUUAAAAAGGCACACAAGAAUCCACACUGGCGAGAAACCUUUUUCAUGCUCAGUUUGUGGCCAAAGAUUUUCACUGAAGGAAAGUCUAACAAUUCAUACAAGGAUCCACACUGGUGAGAAACCUUUUUCAUGCUCAGUUUGUGGCCAUAAAUUCUCUCAGAGGAACCAUUUAAAAAGGCACACAAGAAUCCACACUGGCGAGAAACCUUUUUCAUGCUCAGUUUGUGGCCAAAGAUUUUCACUGAAGGAAAGUCUAAAAAUUCAUACAAGGAUCCACACUGGUGAGAAACCUUUUUCAUGCUCAAUUUGUGGCCAAAAAUUCUCUCACAAGGAAACCUUAAAAAGUCACACAAGAAUCCACACUGGCGAGAAACCUUAUUCAUGCUCAGUUUGUGGCCAGAAAUUCUCUCAGAGGAACCAUUUAAAAAGGCACACAAGAAUCCACACUGGCGAGAAACCUUUUUCAUGCUCAGUUUGUGGCCAAAGAUUCUCCAUUGGGCAUUGUGAGUGUGUUGGGGAGAUAAGUAAUGAUUCGUGAAGUUUUCACUUUCGAUUUGAGCAAACCAUGAAUUUUUGCAUCGAUGAUAAUAUAGUGAACUGGUCUCGGGAUGAUAAUAGUUUUGUAGUUUUCAUUAUACUUGGUGUUCAUUUUGUUUCUAGUUGUGGUUUUUAACAGUAGUAUAUUUAAUAUUCAGGGCAAAU